CUUUUCCAGUUACAGAAACCAGCUGCUGACGACAGCGGAACGAGAAUAAUAUUAUUAAUAAUUAUAGCGAUUUAUUCGGUCUUCCGCGGUUACCUGCAAGCUUUGAGAAUGUCGGCUAUUCAGAGGAUGAAAGUUGCGAAUGAAAAGCACAGCAAAACGAUCACGCAGCGGGGCAGCGUUCAGAAAAACACGAGAGUUGUUACUGAAGACAAGUCUCCCGUAGGACCGUGGCUCCUCGCUCUCUUUGUCUUUGUGGUCUGUGGGUCAGCUAUAUUCCAGAUCAUUCAGAGCAUUCGACACGGAGCCUAAUGGAACAAGCUCACCUGUAGAAUGAAAUUGUGAAGAUCCCCCCCUGGACCCC